AUGACGCACCAAAUCCUCGGCCUCCUCGUCGCCGCGCUCCUGCUCACGCAGGCCGCGGCUCACACCUGGAUCGAGCAGCUCUCGGUCAUCAAGAACGGCGCCUACGUCGGCAACUAUGGCUAUCCCCGAGGCUACCUCGCUCGCACCGACCCUGGCUUCAACGGUGGCGCCAGCUCUCAGUGGCUCCUCCCUCCUCUCGACUCCGGCAGACUCCGCGUCAACGCCAGCGACAACCUUUGCCGCCCGGAGCAGCAAAAGCAGACCCAGUCCGAGAACUGGCCUCGCCUCAGCGUCGCUCCCGGUGACUACGCCGCCAUGAAGUACGCCGAGAACGGCCAUGUCACCCUGCCAAACAACCAGAAGGGCAAGCCCGAGAAGGGUGGCACCAUCUUCGUCUAUGGCACUACCGAGCCCAAGGACGACGAGAAGCUCACCACCGUUCUCGAGUGGAGCGAGGACGGCACUGGCGGUGACAAGCGCGGAAAGUUGCUGGCGACCAACAACUUCGACGAUGGCCGCUGCUACCAGAUCAACUCGAGCCCCAUCUCCGUACAGCGCCAGAAGGAGUUUCCUGACCCGAACCCCGGCCAGCCCGACUCCUACAACGAGCAGUACUGCGAGACGGAUGUAAAAAUCCCCGAGGACCAGGAGGCUGGUGCGACCUACACGCUCUACUGGGUGUGGCAGUGGCCUACCGCCGCGGGGGCAGACCCGACAUACCCCGACGGCAAGGAUGAGUGGUACACCACCUGCUCUGACGUCGACAUCACGGCCGCCAACACCCUCCAGAGCUUUGCCGCCGGAAGCUCGCAGCAAAAGUACAAGUUGGAGCAGCAAGACCCUCAGAGCAAGGCAGUCACCAACUACAGCGAUCGCUCUGCUCUGACCACCAAUCCCACCCAGGGAAUGGCUGCUGCUUCGGGUGCUUCCAGCGCGGCAACCACUCCUGGCACUCCUGGCACUCCUGGCUCGACUCCUGGCUUGACCCCAGUCUCUUCGGCCGCCAGCGCUGCCACGCCUACCGCAGGUGCUUCCGACCCUCUGGAGACCGUCUAUGUCACCAUCACUGCCUCGCCGACCACCAAGAGCAUGGUCACCCAGAUGGUUACCGUCACCGGAGACGUCCCGCUCGUCACGCAGUACCUGACCACCACCAUGGCGCUUGGCGCUCGUGGUGCUUCCCGCCGGCCCCAAGCUGAGGUGGGGCCCAAGCGCCGCUCUGUCCACCACCGUCGGGGUGUUGUCAAGGCCGACAGCGAGGAAGAGCCCGCAGAAGAGCAGGCAGAAGAGCAGACAGCACCGAUCGGCUUCAUCGGCACCGAGAGCAUUGUCGGUCGCCAGGUUGCCACGGGUGCUGCUCCCUCAUCGAUGGCUGCGCCGUCGCUGAUGAUGACUACCAUGAUCUUCUUCACGAUCGCCUACGUUUUCGCAUAG